UGCUCACACAAAAUGAGUAGAAAAUUAAGUUAAAUGAAUGAAAACAAAUAUGUGAACAUUUUUUACAAUGCAUAAUAUGGACACGUUAUGGUAUGACGUGGCUGCUUGCUAAAUAUGCCAUUUGUGAAUUGAGUGGUUUUAUUGCUAACAUGGUUGUUUAAAAUAUCAACACAUCUAAAAUGCACUUUGCGCCUCAUCCCAGGAAGGAGCAGCUUCAUAAUUGAGGUUCUGCAGUUAGAUUGUGUUGUUUAUUGUUAAUUAAAUGCGAAAACGUAGUGGUCAAAAGUUAGACUGGUCAUUUGAGCGAAAGCUUUAAAUCCAGAGGAUGAUCCUGUCUGGAGUGGCUGGACUGCUGUCAGAGCGGCUUUCACAAGAUUAACAGCCCCCUGCUCUUUUCUUUCCCUGCACCACCUACAAUCAUAUCCUUAACUGGACUAUUCUCCAUCGCUACCUGUUUUUAAACCUUUGUUUGUGCUAAAUGGGACUUAAAUGAAGUCCAUCUGAAGCCACCAAUAGGCUUGACAUGGCUUGUAAAUCAUGAAUGAUGCUUCAAUAAGACUCAAGUAAACUAUAGUUAGAAUAGUCAGGAACCCAUUGAGGAAAUGGCAUUGUCUUUAAAGCGAGAAGCAGCUGACUUUUUUCUGCUGCUGUAAUGUGAUAUUGCAACAUCUUUUUGUGAAACGUGCCAAACCGAGAAGCAGCUGACAAACUGUAAAUAUGACUUUGUGACAUGAGUCUUAACUUUUAGCAAAACAAGACAGAUUCUGCUGCUGUUUGGAGAAAUAUGACAGCAUGAUGCUACAAAUUUAAGCGCGGCGAACUGAGAAGCAACUGACACUUUCAUUCGGCUGCUGCUGCGGAUAUGAGAUUGUGAUACCGGGAGUUUACAUGCGGCAAACCGAGCAUGAUGCUGCUGCAAAUAUGACAUUGUGACAUCAGGACUCAUUCUCUGAAGCGCCAGACUGAGGAGCAGCUGACACUCUCUUUUUUGCUGCUGAUGAUGCUGCAGCUGCUAAAAUGCUGCGAUUCCCUGUGAAGAAAAUACGAAAGCAGUUCAAACUUCUGCUGCUGCUGGUGCUGCUUACUUUCGCCGUGUGGUUUACGUACCUGCACAUCAACCAGGGCAAAUCCAUCAAACUCCACUUCAGCUAUGGAAAAGAUGGUGAGAGGCCGAUGGAGGGAACUGAUACCAGCCGUAAGAGAGACUCGCGUUCAUCAGACAAGUACCGUAAAAGCGAAGAUGCCAGCAACAGCCAGGAGGAGGAAAAUGCACAGGAAGAUGAGCCCAACGCUAGCACCGUUCAUGACAAAGAUCAAGCUGAAAUCCGCAAGUUCCUCGCACACAAGUACACAAAGUUGCCAUGGAAACCAGAGCUUAAAGGUCAAGCGAAUCUCCAUGUGUUUGAAGACUGGUGUGGUUCCUCAGUCGCUCAGCUCAGGAAGAACCUGCAUUUUCCUCUCUACCCCCAUAUGAGAAGUACUGUGAAGAAGUUGGCUGUGGCUCCAAAAUGGAAGAACUAUGGCCUGAGAAUAUUUGGAUACAUUCUACCUUACAAAGAUGGUGAUUUUCAGUUUGCGGUCUCUUCGGAUGAUAACUCUGAGUUCUGGUUGAGUUCAGAUGACAGUCCUCUCAAUGCCCGUCUGCUGGCAUACGUGGGAAAGCUGGGAUCUGAAUGGACCGCACCAGGAGAGUUUACCAAGUUCAGAUCUCAGGCGUCCAAGUCUGUGCAUCUCAUGGCCUCCAGACAGUACUACUUUGAGAUUCUCCACAAGCAGGACGACAAAGGCUCGGAUCACAUUGAAGUCGGGUGGCGCCCUUUCCUGCCAGGACUCAAGUACGAGGUCAUCGAUUCCGCCUACAUCUCCUUGUACACAGAUGAGAGCAGUUUGAAGAUGAACCAUGUGGAUCACAUUCCUCAGACACUGGCCAGCCAUGGCCCCGUCCCAGCAGAGACCCACACCCGCAGCCAACACGGCGCCGAUAUGCUGCAACCAGACCCCCGCGACACCUUCUUCAACAUUCCCAUGAUUGACCCCACUCAUCUUGAAAAUGUGUUGCCCGCCUGUCUCUACUCGCCAACAUAUGUGGUCAAAGACUUCCCUAUCGCUCGCUAUCAAGGCCUACAGUUUGUCUAUCUUUCUUUUGUCUAUCCCAAUGACUUCACCCGCCUCACCCACAUGGAAAGAGAAAACAAGUGUUUCUAUAGAGAGUCGCCCAUCUAUUUGGAGAAGUUUGGCUUCUAUAAAUACAUGAAGAUGGAUGAGGAGGAAGAUGACGGGCCAUUUUUCUUCCCUAAUCCUGAUGAUUUUCUUGAAGAAGAAGAGGGUGUGGAUCCAGAGGAUGAAGCACAAGUUGUUGGCACCCAGUCAGCAAAGAAAACUGCCCAACCUAGCCAAUCAAAUCAUACAUCAAGUCCCUCCGAAAAAUCUGAUCCCACAAUGCUGGAGAAAAAAGAGGUAGAGCCGGACAACCCAACUUCUAGGAGAGAGCAAAGGCGCUUUUUCACAAGAGCAAGGCAGGUGGUUGGGUCUCAACCUCAAGAGACGGACCAAGACACUCUGGACCGUCAGGCUAAGGUAGGGUUACCAAAAAGUGAGAGUGUGGUGCGAGGUCGUUCUCUCACUUGGGUUCAAAGAGACCGCCGGGACUUCAGAGAAGGUUGGUCAGAAGAUCGUGCACCUAAAAUAAGCAGAUCAACUUUGCUAUUCCCACUAAAAUCCUCAUUGGUGGCCCUUAACAGUCAAGCCAAGCAAACCCUCAGCAGUCCUGCCCACACCGUUCCUUCCCCAGGUAACAAACAUGCUCAUGACAACAGCCACAAUCCUGGAAACAGCCACACCAACAAGGAACGCAAGAAGGAGGACAACAAAAUCUACGUCACAAGACCUCGCCCUGCUAAGGAAAAGCAAAGUCCUGUUUCACGCCAACACAGAGAGGUCUUCCCUGGUGUUUUCCUGUACCAGAACAGCAAAACCACAAAGCUGGUGAACCUCAGUGCCAAACCAAAGCUCAGUAAAGGAGCUCUGCGUGCAUCCCAGUUAAUUGUGCGGUCUCCUCUGCAAGAGAACAAGGUCUUUCCAGCGAGCCCAAACUUCAGCAAGCCAGCUGAAAAUUCCAUGCCCCCAAACAGAGCAAUCCCAAGCCGCUUUGAGAGGAGGAUACGAGGGGUCUGGGAAAAACACCAGCAUCCCUUGAGGCCCAUCACAACCGCUCGACCACCUCCUGCUCCCACCCCUCCAUCCACUAACUCCUCUGAGAACGUGCUUCCGACCGAGCCUCUCCGUGUCACUUCCUACUUGCACACCUCUAAGAUAACCGAGUCCCAACAGCGGCGACCGGACACUGACCCAGAACCAGAGGAGGACGGAGGCCUAUCAGAGUAUAGCUAUGAGGAUGUGGAGCCUCGCCCCGGGUGGGCAGAGGAGGCCAUUAAUUGGCAGAGGACGUUUUCCGUCAAUAGCAUGGACUUUGAGACAUUGCGCUCUGACUGGAAUGAUCUUCGUUGCAACGUGUCUGGAAACCUGCAGCUAUCUGAGAGCGAAGUGGUGGACGUACUUGCGCAGUACAUGGAGAAACUCAAUGAACGCAAUGGAGGGAUUUACACUCUCCUCCGCAUCAUAAACGUAGAAAAGCGGCGUGACUCUGCACGCGGUAACCGCUACCUAAUAGAGCUGGAGCUAAUGGAGAGAGGCCGUAAAGUGGUCCGUCUAUCUGAGUACAUCUACUUGCUGUUGCACCGUGGCCGAGUGGAAGACAGUCUGGAGAAUAUGGAAGGGGUCACAGCAUCAUCCCUCUCUUCCCCUUUCGCCAGCCCACCUGCUCCACCCUCCCACACACCUACCCAUGGGGCCCACGGCACCCCACAGUGGAGCACAGUGUAUGCCAAACCCCUGCUGUGCCAGCCAGUGAUGCUGCAGUGGAAAAAGGACGUCAUGGUGCAUUUUGUGGUACCAGUUAAGAAUCAGGCUCGUUGGGUUCAGCAGUUCAUUUCAGACAUGGAGUUCCUGCACCGUGAGACCAAGGACAACAACUUCAACAUCAUCAUCGUGGACUUCCAGAGUGAAGACAUGGACGUGGAACAGGCUCUCAGAGAAAGCUCCGUUCCACGAUAUGAGUAUCUGAGGAGGGAAGGAAACUUUGAGCGGUCUGCCGGGUUACAGAUUGGUGUGGACACCAUAGAGGAAAGUCACAGUAUCGUGUUUCUGUGUGACCUGCACAUUCAUUUCCCUCUGAACAUCCUGGAGAACAUCAGGAAGCACUGUGUGGAGGGCAAACUGGCCUUCGCUCCGAUAGUCAUGAGACUGGGCUGCGGCAGCUCACCGCAGGAGCCUGAUGGUUACUGGGAGGUGAACGGCUUCGGCCUGUUUGGGAUCUACAAAUCAGAUUUUGACAAGAUUGGUGGGAUGAACACAGAGGAGUUUAAGGAACGAUGGGGAGGAGAAGACUGGGAACUACUAGACAGAGUUCUACAAAACGGUCUGGAGGUUGAGCGUUUAAGAUUGAGAAACUUCUUUCACUACUAUCACUCUAAAAGAGGCAUGUGGAACUCACAGUCCAGUAAAGCUCCUAAAGGAUAAAACUGAACCUCACUGAGAGACUACAAACUAACUCAGCACAAGAUCGGGACCUUAAAGGACCAAUCGAUUGUGUCUCUGGGACCCUUUCGUGAGGUCCGUCUCAUACAGGAGGACCCGUGACACUGCCAAGCUGCUGUCCAAACUCAACACUCGAAAGAGACACAGAGACUCUUAUUCACUGAGCGUGUAUUUGUAUGUUUCUCUGUCUGUUAAGUCAGGAGUUCUUUUGGUAAGCAAACUUGAGUGAUCAUUGAAGAGUUAAAGGAAAGGGAAAUUGUUUCAAUUUUACUCCAAACUAGCAGCUCAGGCACUUUGGGUCACAUAAAUAUGGUUUGCACUUAAGAUAUUAAUGCUGAAAUGAUUGUCUAAAGGUUUAGAUGUGCGCUGGUACUUAGACGUCUGCUUUUAUAUAGCUGUAAAUGUCACUUCCUGUUCAGAUGUGACGCCUUCUUACACUUGGACUGUAGAAAUUAUCUGAUAUGUGGCGCCUCGUGUGGCUUUUCCUUUCUAAAGUCCUGCUGAACUUCCGGACACGACUGGACCAAGAACAGCCUGCUGAGCUAUGAAAUUAAAAUGAUUUGUCUUUUUAUUUGUCUGUAUGUCUGAGCUGCUUCGUUUCCUUGUUUCCGAUUGAUUUUCGUCUUUAUUGGCUAGUUUCACAGAUGCAAACCUUUCAGACUGCUGUUUCAGUCUGGGCUUUAGACUAGACGUAAUCUCUGUCCCACUGAUGCAGUAUCCAUUUCUACAGAGUUUAACGGUAGGGAAAAAAAGAUGUUCUCCAGAAGCUGUGUGCCUUUCUUUGAUGUAAUUGAACAUGGCAGUCCAUACAGGGUUAGGAAGGAGUCCUGAUGUUUAGCCGUCUGGAUUGUGUAAGUCCCUGAAUAGUGAUGUGUUAUGGAGAUGAAUGAAUAGUAGAAGAUGUUUAGAAAGAAAAUAUUUGUUCAGAAUAAUCUAAUAGCUUUUUUAAUUGAAUUUUAGACUUGUCCAAAGUUUUCACUAUCACUUGGUCCAUUGUUCAAGAAAUGUUCCAGUUUAUUUUCUCUCUCAAAGGUGCAUCUUUUACCACAGAAAAUAAGACUCCUGCAGUUUGUAAAGACAAACAGUAGGCCUACAGUGUUUACUGUAAAGGACAUAAAACAGAAGUAGCCUAUAUGGGGCAAGGCACUAAAUAUAACAUUCUAGAUGUUAACAUGAGACAAAAGUGGUAGAAUUAAUUAUUUCAAAUGCUGUAAGAACAAUAUAAAGACGGCAAAGAUGGCGAGUUACGCAAAAGAUACCGGAAAUAACGUAACUAUUCGAGAACUACUGUCAGUGUUUACAUAAAGAAAAUCCAGCUGUUUCGGUAAAACUAAUCUGCCUUAAACUAGUCCCAUAGCUAAAGGGUUGUUUAGACAUCUUUAAAGCUCACAUAACACCUAUAUUUCUGUGAAAAUCGUUUAUAAACCAAUUAAAUACAGCUGUAGUUUCAGUUAUUGCAUCAUCUGGAAUAUUUUGCUCAUAGAUUUCAAUUUUAAGUGCGUUACUGUAAAUGCGCUUUUUUUUUUAAACCAGGCAACGAGUCGAAAUGACUUUCUGUGAUAAUCGACAGCAUUUUGUUUGACUACCUAUAUAUCUGAAAAGCUUGUAGAUGAACACGGUUUUACACUGACACGGGCAGCUCAAGUGUCUGAACUGGUCUGUCUGUCGUUUAUUUCAACGCUGUAACAUACAAACGCCCGCGUUUGCAAGCUGGCAUAACAUUUUGAUGUGUUUUGAUUUCAUAUCAGAAAUACCGAGAGCGAUCAGCCCAGCUUUUGUGAAUUUGAAACCUGACCUUUUUA